AUGACAGCAGUACCCUCUGUAUCAUACCCCGUCAUGGAAGUCCCCGCCGUGGAAGACUCUAUGGAGAUGGCCUCGCCCUACCAGGGCCAGGCGGACGACUUUGACAUCGACAUCGACUUCAUGGAGGACCAUGAUAAUGCCUCCAACAUGGACAGUGAUAUGAUGGGUGCUGAGGAGUUCACAAACGCAUCCCAACCUACGGAGUUUAACGAGGCGAUCCACGAUGCUGACAUGGCUGAUGACCCCUCUGAGGGGUCGAUGAUCGAUGCCGACCUCGUUGACCCAGACAACGAUAUCGAUGUGAACAUUACGGAGGAGACAUACGAAGCUGAGAUGAUUGAAGACGAUCCAGUCGAAGACGUUGAUAUUCCAGUUCCCACUAUCCAGCUAGAAAUCACGGCCGCCGAAGACACAAACAAGCCUAUCGAGGUAAACGAGACGGUCUCUGUCAUGGCCGAACAACAAACCCCCGAAGGACAGCAACCCCUCAGUGUCCCUACCGAACCCCAAGAAGACCAAAUCAAUCCUCAGGUAUCUGAAAUCCAGACCCUCGACACCGAAACUGGGUCCACCACCGAGAAUGAUAGCCUUGCCCAAAACCCGACCGAAAACGGCACUCACGCUGAAACCUCCGAAAAACACGAAGCCGUUAACCCUACCGUCAACCCUGCCGUGGAAGUGAAUGAGACAGGAAAGCCUUCUGUCUCGGUGACAGAUGAGAACCACGAGGCAGCUGAAGGCUUCGAGACUAGUCAAGUCCAGUCCUCGAUCGAGCAGCCCCAGGCUGCUCCCCUUGAAGAGCCUCAGGCUACUUCAACUGUGACUGAGCCUGCAGAAACCCAAGGUCAACUUGAAGGAGAGUCUCACGCGGAGCAUGAAGAGGAAUCUCUCCAUCCCGUGAAAAUAUAUUAUCAGGACAAUGAGAUAGCUCUCUUUCCCCCUCUUGAGGGUGACUCAGCAGAGACAUUCUUCCUGCAUGAUGAAGAUGUGGCAUAUGAAAACAUUGGUGAAUUGUUCAAGGCUCUGCGCUUGGUGCUUCAGGGCAACGUGGCAGACAAUGAAGUCCUCGUCAUUGAUAUCGAUGUCCUUGGUAUCCAAAUGACAGAGGACUCUUUCCACACAUCCCAGGUCACUCUGCAUCAGGUCGUUGACCUUUACCUUCGACUCUGUCACAACGAUGGCACCGCGGAUGCUGAAGCUCUCUAUCUAACACUGAGCAGCAAACGCGCCUUCCCUGCUGAAAUCGCUGAUCUCCUCGACGCUGCCAAUGAAGGCAAGGGACUCUCAGGAAUCCACCCUUGGGAUGAGUUCGAUGAAUAUGACCCCGGUUCCGAAGACGAUAUUGAAACCCAUGAGACCGAGCGACAUGAAAAUGGAUCGUCCAGCGAAGAAGCUCAGCCAGAACACUCAGAACCCGAAGCAAAGCUUGCCCCGUCCAGCGAGGAGCAGGCUCCUGUCGAUGCGGCGAGUCAACCCAAAGAGGAUCGCUCCAAUGUUGCCCAAACAAAGGAUCUGGCUCCUGAGGAUACUAAACCUGAUACUGCCCAAGACGAGAGCAACGGUGUGCUACAGGCUGAUGAUCUUCAAGGUCAAGUUGAAGGCAAGGAGACUGAUGAACCUGACGAGUUGGAACACUUUGAAGGUGAACAUGCUCAAGAAGAUGAUCUUCACAAUGAUGAUCAAGCUGAAAAUUAUGACGACGAAAACGAAGAUCACUACGAUUCCGAAGGUCAACAGAGCGAAUCUACGGCCACAGUGGCUCCGUUGUCUGCCGAGGCUGAGGUCACAGAGCAGACCGAGGAAGUCUCCACAGAUCCUGCGGCAGUUCACCAUGAUCAACAUGACGGCGAAAAUGAUGAGGUCAAUGCCGACUAUUACAACGAUGAAGACAAUAGUUAUGGUGACCAAGAGAACUUCCAGGAUGAAGUUACCGGGGAGGACAUUAAUGCUGGUGCUCAAACUCUUGCUGGUGAUGCAACUGGCCCCGACGAAGAGGAAGAUGAAUUAGAUGCCGCGCCCACGGAUGAAGUCGUGUCAACAGACGCUUUCAACAAUGAAGGCGAUCAGACUUUCGAUUACCCAGUGGAGCCUACCUCGAAUGGUGCGCAACAAGACGCAUCCUACACAGAGCAAACCCGUGAUCAUGCAGAUGAUUUGCUUGAGAUAGCUCCGGACGUGCUGCAAUCUCCCGCGAAACAUACCGAGAACGAACCACUUUAUCACAUUGAGGGCGUAGAUUCCGGCGAGCUUGUGGACGAACUAGCUUAUGAUGGAGUUACCGAUGAGCAACAUUUUAACGAAGACAACUUUGGCGAACAUGACCCUCAUUUGGAGGACUCCGAGGCAGUGGUACUGGCUGAGGCAGACCCUUUAGUCCCAGACGCCGAAUCCAGCGCGCCCCUGUCUGCCAAACGGUCUCGCGAAGACGCUGACGACGAUGAAUGGGAUCUUGUGGAAACCACCGUGGACACCAAGCGCCGCCGGUCAUCGUAA